CGUUGACAGGGCGGUUCCGUCCAUGCCCAAGUGCCGAUAUCACCCCAUCACUCAACCCACUGGUGUGUAGAGCCUGCAAAGAGCAGUGGGGGAACAACGCCACCCGUUCUCCCAACUCGAAAAAUCAUUGCAGAAGCUCCUUCAAGUCUCGUCAAAAUCUUUGGCAAUAAUGGAUCAUGAUGCCGAUGACCCUUCCACGCCGGUGAAGAGGAGAUAUCCCGUCACUCUGUCGCGAGUUGUAGCGACGGCAUCCAUACCUAAUCGUUCACGCGGAUCAUCGAAGCAAUACGAAUCACUCGAGGAUUUGCUCACUGCUGCUGGCUACAAGGAGACUCGUAUUUUCACCCCGGAAAAUGAUCGCGUCCGUGAUGGGAUAGCAGAAGCUAGGGAAGCGUCAGACCUCGAACCCGAGUCAACUUUAGGUGGCCCAAAGAGGUUGGGUCAUUUAGUCACCAACUUCCUUUCGUCGUGGAUGCCAGGGGCUAGUGUAAGCCUAGGUCGCGCACAGGGGGCUCAACUUGCACGGAGGAGCGGUAGGGGGUCGCGUGGCUCUCAUUGUGCAGCCGAGACCCCUGGUUUAGAAGCUAUUCCUCAGUCCCCUCUUGCUCACAAGACCAAGUCGCGUCUCCAAUCCCAGCGCAGUAGCAGUCCUUCUGAGAGGCAGGGCAGGAUACGCCCGCAAACUUCAAAAUCUCGUUCCAGAUUGCCGUCUGACUUCAUUAUGUCCAAUCAGCGUCAGACCAGUGUCAAUGUAAAUGGACGAACCUUGGCGCAAGUACAAAACACUUGGAUUUCUGAGAGACUUCAGCGUCAGCUCCGUAAUGCGAACUCCUCCCCCAAUUUGAAAAGUCCACGCCAAUUUCGAGAGACAGCUCCUUUUGAUUCUGACGCCCUCCCCGAACCCCCCACACCAAGGGGCCGAAGGGUAAUCAAUGAUCCCAACCGCUCUAGUUUGAAACGUCCACCAGCCUAUAUGCAGCACAGGGAACACAGGGGUUCUCAUCCCUCAAAAUUUAGGCUGUCGGGGAAGAGUUCAUUCCUGUCCACGGUCACUCCGCUUUCCCCCGUUCUGAACUCCCGCGAUGUUCUGUGUCGCUCAACACCAAACUCACGUUCUACCUCUCAAGUUCGGAACUCGUCGAAGCAUGAAAACGUUCCCCCCUUGCCCCCUCUCCUUUCACCCGAGAUCAUCGACUCGAAUCUGAACCAGUGGAUAAGUUAUCGGAAGUCUCGAGAUGCCCUGUUGUCAUCCCGCACUGACUUAGUGCACCCAGUUGAGUCUGACACGGAUGAUGACGAGACCGAAGGCGCUGGAAACGUACUUGACAAGAUUUUAAGUACACGGAUUCACCGUUCCUUAUCCUCCCGGUCAAGCCCAUCCACAAACGAGAGCACGCACAUGAGCACGAGCCAAGAAGGAUCAGGACUUCUGCCCCCUUCCCAUAAUCCUCCCCUCUCGCCCCGUCGCCAGCAUUCCAUCCAGUCCCUCCGUGCGCACCUCGAGCACCGUCUUAGCAAAGGCGCCUCUAAUUAUCAUAGGAGUCCACAUAUAGGCGAAACCUCUAUAGUCCAGGGUGAUUCGUGGCUCGACUGCCCAGAAUGGAGUUCGUCGCGCCCGCCGAUGAACGGAAGGCAAGGCAGCUCGAAGAGAGGGAUUACCCCAUGGUUCGGUGGCGAACGUGCAUACUUAGAUCAACUCGGAUCUCGUGAGGACCCAGACUGGGACGACUGACCAUUCUCACCUUACGAAUUCGUUUCUUAAUUUCCCGGCUUCAUUAUCUUACAAAUGCAUCCAGGACGUUUCCUUAUUCGUUCCCCUAAUUUCGAUGCUAAUUACAAGAAUCUUCGAGAUAUCCACUCCCUGAUCAGUUUUCUUUCAUUUUUGUAUCAUCAACUGCACUCGUUCAUAAUUUUCGCAUGUCCCUUUUCUCCUUCCAGGUCAAUCGAAUGACAAAUUAUCCCAUUAUGCUGUAGAAUUGGAACCAUGAUGAUUGCAUUCAUGGACUAAAGUACAUUGGCG